AUUACAUGAACUGCAUAGUGUAUAUUACAUGAACUGCAUGCUAUAUUGGAUUGUUAAUAGCACAUUACAUGAACUGCAUAGUGUAUAUUACAUGAACUGCAUGCUAUAUUGGAUUGUUAAUAGCACAUUACAUGAACUGCAUAGUGUAUAUUACAUGAACUGCAUGCUAUAUUGGAUUGUUAAUAAGCACAUUAAAUGAACUGCAUAGUAUAUAUUACAUGGACUGCAUGCUAUAUUGGAUUGUUAAUUAAAAACACAUUACAUGAACUGCAUCAUACUGUACAUUACAUAAACUGCAUGCUAUAUUGGAUUGUCAAUAAGCACAUUACAUGAACUGCAUAGCGUACAUUACAUGAACUAUUUAAAUAUAUAUUUGGCUUAGUGAAAGUUAUUUGUACAUGAACUGCAUAUAAGCUCACAGUAACUUCAACAUAUAUUCGUUUUAUAGUAAAUUACAUGAACUGCAUCCUAUUUAUAUUCGAUUGUAAUAGUACAUAUUUAGUCAUCCUUUGUUAACAUAACAAUAUUCGAGUUCAUAUUGUACUAUUUCUUACGUAUUAUAAAGCUUAAUAACUUUAGCUUUUCCUUAGCUAAGUUAAGCUUACAAAGAACGUCAGCUUGCGAAGGACAAAGCAUGUAAAUAUUUUCGGUUUUGCGGGAAAAUGGUUUUAAAAUGUUUGUUUACCUUUUUGAAAAACUUUGACUUUGAACUGCUGUCUCUCGUUUCCGACACGUUGUGGAUCGGCUUGGUGACCGAAGAAUCGUCGUUACGUAAGAAUUACGUCAUUACAUCAACUGCGUGCUACGUAGGCUCUCCCUAUUCGAAGCGCAAAAUUUCUCCGUCGUUUGAAAAGGAGUGGUUGGAAUUACCGCAAGUUUAGGGUAUCUUCGUUCCAGACAAGAAAAGACAAAGAAGUUAGUCAAGCAUGCAAAAUACGACAGUGGCAUAUUAAAACACAGCAUUAACAGUAGAACAAAAAAAUACCUUAACUUUUAAUUAAGUUGCAAUAAAUUAUAUAGUAAUUAUUACACUGAUUUUUUUUUUGCAUCAUGCAUGUUGUUAUUAUUUCAAUUAUUGUUUAUUAUGGAUAAUAUUCACUUUUUCCUCUUCCUGCUUAAAAAAAUAUAGAGUUUAUUGGAUUUCAGGUUAACCUUGAACAGUUUAUUCAGAGAAAUGAAUCGAAAGAUAACAGAUUUCUUCAAAAAUGAUUCAGGCUAUCAAUCGAAUGAAGUGUCUCCAUGUUGUGAUUCCUCUAUUCUAAAGAAGAGUAGUACGCCUCAGCUUAGCAAUAAUACCAGUACUAAAAAAAGAUUAUACAGUGACAGGGAGAAUUCUGAUGUUGAGCUUGAAGACUGCAGUCUCAUAGAAAAAUGUCCUGAUGUACAUGUACAUGACGAAGGUGAAAUUGAAGAACAUGAGUCCAUUGAAAGCGAGGCUGAUGAUGAUAGUGAACAAAGCGAUGAAAGUGAUAGUGAUGAUGAUAGCUAUGAACAUCAGUUUGUUAGCAAAAAUCACCAUAAUAAACAUCAUGAUGAUGAAGACGAUAGUGAACAUGAUACUGAAAGCGAGGCUGCUGAUGAGAGGGAAUUCAUUGGACAAAGCGAUGAUGAUGAUGGUCAGUUUGUUAGCAAAAAUUGCCAUGAUAAAAGUGAACAUUGCGAUGAACGUGCAGAUGAAUAUUGUGAUAUUAGUGAAUUUAGUUGUAACACUAACAAGGAAAAUGAGCUUGCUGACAACAACAGACUACAGCAGAAAAAACUGCAAAUUAAGGUACAUGGUCUUGGCACUAAUGCAAGAAUGUUCCAAACGAAUGGCCAAGAAACUAUUUUACAUAUGGUAAAGAAAUACUUGAAGAUGUACAACCUGAUGAAAUCAACAUCUGUUUUGAUCUUUAAAGACAAACAUACAGGAUCUGCUCUAAAUCUUGGUUUGCCGACUGGCACACUUGAUAAAAAUGUAGAAUACCAGUGUAUUUUCAAAGAAAAGCUCGAGUAUAAUACUGAGCAAUUAAUAAGGGCGUUCAAAGUAGAACUGUAUAAUGAUGAAUGGCCACUAAAAUCUUUUCAGUUGAAGUUUGAUAGUGAUAGGAAUUCGAAACCCAACGUAUGUAGAAUGUCGAAAGUUACAGACUUAAUAGAUGUCCCAUUUAUGGUAGGAGAGACUUUAUAUGAGGCACUUUGUAGAGAUGGCAGGUUUGAUGUUGAAGAUAAUAAUGGCCAACUAAAUAUCUGUAAGUGUGAAUUAGAAGAUGUAGGGAGUGCGGUUAGGGUGCCACUUGACAACGAUGCCAGUGACUAUGGUGGGAAGACUUUUGAGUUGUAUUUCUCAAAGGCAUUUACCAAUGGAAAGGUAGAACCUUUGCCAUACCCUCCUUGUAUGCACGAAAUUAUUCCAAAUGUCACAUCUCAACUAGACCCAAGUUCCAAUGUUCAAUCAGCUGUAACUCCAGCAGCAGAACCAAGUUCUGAACAAGGUGCACCUGUGCAUGAUUUUUCAGAACAAGAAAUUCAAAGUUUGUCUAUUGACGGAAGUCAGUCUGCAAAGAAACUAAUUGCACAUACUGUUCAUGAAUUUAAGACAUUCAUUGAAAAUGAUUUCAAAAUUAAGGUUGAAAAAGAGGGGCUAUCAAAAAAUGAGAAAAAACGGCUAGGCAAAGUUAAAAAAUUUGUGAAAGCAGGUUAUGAUAAAUUUGCUCUGAAUCGAAAUUUUGAAUUGAGUUGUUCACAUUUAAGAAAACUGUUGCAAUUAUGUGAAUCAACUGGGGCUAUUGUACUACAAUUGUACAGUGGUGAGAGGCAGUUUAUAGGUACCUGCUUUAGAGUGGGUCAUAAAUAUGUUAUAACUAACUAUCACGUUUACAAAAUUAUUGAAGAUAAAAAAGAUCAAGGAAUGCUGAAGUCAGUUUAUAUUGAUUUUUCCUAUAAAGGAAAUAAUGAGAUUUCUGCCUGUUCUUCCACUGAUUACAAAAUCAUAACCUAUUCUGUUGAACUCGAUUAUGCAAUAAUUGAGGUAAAGAAACCAAAACAUAGGGAACUACCUAUAAGUGUCACAUCAUCUUUUACAAUUCCAUGUUUAGUUAAGAGUCCUGAACAGGGUAUGUUCCUUACUUUUAGUGGACACCCUAACGGGUCAAGGGAGACAAUGACAAACUUGUUUUGUCCAUUAAAAAGUCUUGAAUCCCUUGAUGAAAGAGUUGUGAUGGGUUUGUCCAAAAAUGAGCAUGAAGCACUGAUUGACCCAAAAAGACAGUUUUAUGAUAUCUCCACUUUCUUCUAUGGCAGUUCUGGCUCACCAGGAGUAUUACUGCAGGAUGGGUUCUUGUUGGUGUUACAUUGUGGACAAUAUCCCUUGAAUGAUGGGCUAGGAGGUGCUAUAGAGCAAGGCGUCUUGAUGGCUGCCAUUGUAGCCGAUGUAAAGAGUAGACAUGUCGACUUGGUAGAAGACAUUUUUGAUCUGCCUAAGGACAUGGAAGUAGAUAGUGAAGAUUAAGCUUUUAGGUAACUGAACUUCUAGUGUAAAUUUGUUUUCUUUCUAGAAAUUUCUGUCAUUUAAGCUAAGUUCACGAGGAGCUGAUGGGGUCUGUUCUUCUAAAUAACUGUUCUUGUAUUAAUUUUUUCCUGGGAAAGUGAUUUUGAGCUACAUUGUUGGCAAUCUCACAAGCAAACGUGGUGUCCUUCUUUAAGAACAUUUUGUUCCUGGCAAACGUUAAGGUUAAUAAAAAAGGCUUAUAUAACGCUUUUAUGUCAAAAAUGACUUAUAUGUUGUUUUAGGUAGGAAAUUUUUAUUUUCCUGGCAAAAAUUCUUAGCUGGCAAUCAGUUGUGACGUACAGCUGGCUUGGACAUAACAGAUAUAUUUCUCCCAGGAACCCAUCGGCUCCUUAUAUAAGUUUCCCACAAUAGAAUGAAUGAAGCUACAGUAAUUAGGUGGGCAGUGGCUAGACUUUGCUUGGAGCCGGUCUAGAAUGGAGAAGUAAGGUGUCUCCUUCCCCUCACUAGCCUGGGUGUGUGCCUUGGGCAAGUACUAGUACACCCUAAGCCUCCCUUGCCAGGGUUACGAGUUAUCUAAUAUCAAAUAGCACAGAUUAUGAGGAUUCUUAGAGAUAUCUUAAUUAUUAUAUUUUCAAAAAAUAAUUCUAUAUUGUAGAAUUUAGUUUAUUAAGAUAUAUAAUAAUAAUAUAAUUGUAAAUCAUUUUAAAUAUUUUAGUUAUAAUUGAAUGAUUGAUAGUUUUAAAACCAAAAAAAUGUAAAUAGCACUUUUUAUCUUAUUUUGAUAAUAGUAAAUUAAAACAAUUUAUCCCAUUAGACUGAAAGUCAGCAAACAAAAGUAUUAUUAAAGUUGUUUAAAAAACU